AUGUCGUUACUUGGCAACUCAGUCAUCAUUCACAUAAUAAGAUCCGACAACGCCAUGAGGACCACCACAAAUUUCCUCAUUUUGAAUCAAGCAUGCGAUGAUUUGUUGAUAACAAUCACACAGUCAGUGAAUGUGUUCCAUCACAUCUAUCUUGACGGUUUGUGGAUUGGGGGACUGUUUGGCCAAAUCACAUGCAAAUUACAUCUCGUCAUCCUGUCCAUUGCACCGUAUUUUUCAGUUUGGAUCCUUGUACUGAUCGCAGUUGAUCGCUUUUGUGCGGUGAAUCGACCGUAACAAUUAUCGCCAAUCUCCCGACAUUUGAAAAAAGCCAUUCUCUUUAUUUGGCUGUGGUGUUUUGUUUGUUCAAUAAACGUCCUUGUUAACGGAGGCUUGGAAAAAGACAAACGAGCUUGGCGUUGUGACUUGGAAAGUGCCGUAAAUAAUUGGACAGCUGUUAAUGUAACUGAUGUUUCUUUGAACUUUUUUCUUCCACUGUUAUUAAUAACGGCACUAUACGCUGCUGUUUGUAUCACACUCUGGUCACGUGAAGUUCCAGGAGAAGGAGCCAAUCAAAACGCGCAACAAGCUGAAGCCAUGAAAACGGCCAGAAAAGUCACCCAAAUGAUGAUUGUUGUG